CUUUGGCUAUUAUUGGUUGGUUUCGAGAAAGUCAUUUCAAUGAUAAUGUUGAAAAUGGGUGGCUUUUUACAUCUUUGGACUAGGUGUGGAAGAACCUUGCUUCCUGUGUAUGUUUAUCUACUGGUCAGUUCUAGAAUUUAUUGUAAAGGUGAUGGGUGUCUAUCAUUUCCAAUUCCGAUGAAUAUUUACUUUAACGAAUCUUCAGCCUCAGGGUCCAUAAUUUUUGUAUCAAGUAAGACCAACUCACAGACAAAAGAGUGGUUUGUGACAAGCAUUGAACCGCGAGUUGCUCUGACGUUUGUGAAACAGACUUAUCAAGUGGUACUGUUGUCAGAAGUAGAUUUGGAUGUGCCAAAC